AUGAUGUCCAUGCGUCUCGCUGUCGUUAUAGUCCUCCUGCUCGGGCAGGUAGUUCAUCAAGCGUCUGCGGCGCCGAUGGAAGGACUUGCCGAUGGCACUAGGGAGGUGAAUGAUCUGGCGUUGACCAGACCGAUUGCUGAAGCAUCAAGCACAACGAAGACCGGUUGUACUUGGGCGAGACUUCCCAGUAUUCCCAAGAUGAAAAACAUGAACAAGAUGAUCAAGGCUCCCAAUAUGAGCAAGCUAGCCAAAGUUCCAAUAAAGAUGUUACAGCGCGCGGCAACGAAACAGAAAGGGAAGUCACUCCCAGGAGACGCUCCAGCAACUCAGGCUGCAAUCGGCUCAAGUACUCCUGAGCUAUUGGAAGAAGAAGCAGAAUCCCCAAGAAUUUCUCCGCCUGCGUCACCUCUUGCGACACAUGACUCUCCUCAUUACCUUGGAGGGCCAAAUUUGGCUGACGAAAACCAGCACCGGGGUCAUGAAUCCCAUGUACAGUCUGGUUCGAAAGAUAUUUAUCAGAAUUUAAUAGAACAGGAGCAAUAUCAAGAGUAUGCGAAAGAGCCAUGCGCUUCGCACAGUGGAGACUCCUAUCGCAGCAGACAGCUUGGACAAGGCGGAAACUCUCAUCCUGGUGGACCCUCUGGCCACGGUGGAAGCUCUUAUCCCGGCGGAGACAAUGGCGAACUUGGAGGCGAUUACUACGGCAUCCAACACCAGGGUGGAGGCAAUGAUUACCUGUGGGAUUCACACGUUUACUAUGAUUCCCAGCGGAACAGUCCCGGCGCUCAUGUCAAUGAUCAUUGGGCACCCGACGUUUUUCCCUCACCUAACACCAACCCCCAGUUUUAUUCCCCUGAACAUUACAUGAAUAACAAUCCUUACGGGCCUAACGGAAACCGUGGUCCAUAA